AUGCAAACAGAACGAGUCAUUGAAUAUAUAGUAAAUUGGCUGAAUGAUUAUCAAAAAAUAAGUCAUGCAAAAGGUUUUGUUGUUGGUGUAUCAGGUGGAAUUGAUUCCGCUGUAGUAUCAACAUUAUGUGCUCGUACUGGUUUACCAUUACUUGUUAUUGAAAUGCCAAUUCGACAAGCAUCAAGUGAAAAACGACGUAGUCGAACACAUAUUGAUUGGCUUACAUCAAAUUAUCCGAAUGUGACAGGUGCUGAAGUUAAUCUAACUGAUGUUUUUGAAACAUUUGAAAAAACAGUUAAAAAAAGUGAGGUCGAUGAGAUUAAUUCUUAUACAGAAGUUGGAUUUGCUAAUAUGAGAUCACGUUUAAGAAUGGUUAAUUUAUAUUAUUUUGCUUCAAUUAAAGGUUAUCUUGUUGUUGGUACUGGAAAUAAAGUUGAAGAUUUUGGUGUUGGGUUCUUUACAAAAUACGGUGAUGGUGGUGUUGAUAUUAGUCCAAUAGCUGAUUUAAUGAAAUCUGAAGUACGUGCUAUUGCUGCUGCAUUAGGUGUUUCUCAAGAUAUAAUUAAAGCACCACCAACUGAUGGUUUAUUUGGUGAUGCAAGAACAGAUGAAGAUCAAAUUGGAGCUACUUAUGAUGAACUUGAAUGGGCUAUGAAUCAUCUUGAUUUAAGUAAUACAAAGGAAGGAGAAAGCACAUUAACUGAUCGACAAAAACAAGUUUUGGAUAUUUAUAAUAAACGACAUAAUGCAAAUUUACAUAAAAUGGUUGAAAUUCCGUGUUGUAUUCUUCCAUCGGAUUUAAAAGCUAAACAACCAUAA